GAGAAGGAACAAAAGAAGAGUGAAAUUGAGAGACUGCUGCCACCAGAGCCCGAAGCAAACCACCCAGAUUCCAUCCGUAUCAUGUUGAAGAUUCCUAGUGGGUGUCGCAUUGAGCGGAGAUUUUUGAGAAGUCAGUCGAUUAAGUGGCUGUUUUACUAUGUCUUCUGCCACAAAGAAUGCCCGGAUGAUUUCCAGAUUGUCACAAACUUUCCCAAGCGGACAUUACCAUGUGAGCCUAGAGAUAAUGAGACUGAUCCCCCAACUUUUGAGGAAAUUGGCCUCGGCAGGUCGGAGAUGCUGUUUGUUCAUGAUAACCAGGCAUAG